UUGAAUUGGGAAAUAAAAAUUAAUGCACCUCGUGGUCUUUCGUAACGUAACAACAGUUACCCCCACCAUUGGUUGGUGUUCACAACUCUGUGGCUGUUGACAAAUAGUUAUUAAUUAUUUACUCAUGGGAUGGACAUAAUUGGCGACUGAAAACGAUAAGCAAAUAUCUAAGGAACAUGCGGUUGUCAAUUUUUCACGAGAAUGACAAAAUACUUCUGUUGGGGGAAGGGAAUUUCUCGUUCUCCAGGAGUUUGCUUAAACAUAACCUCAAAAUUCAGGUCACCUCCACUUGUUAUGAGUCUUCAGCCAUCAGUGGAGAGGCUGAGAAUAAUAUCAAGUGUCUAGAAACUCAGGGGGUGUCCGUUCUACUCGGAGUAGACGCGACACGAUUAUCGGAACACGUAGUCCUGAAAUCCCAGAAAUUCGAUAAAAUAAUCUUCAACUUUCCCCACUGCUGUAGUAAAAUGCGCCUAGACAAGAAUCGAAAAUUGUUGAGAGACUUUUUCGUGUCCUCUGGCAGCUUGUUAGAGCCGAAUGGUCAGAUCCUGGUGACUCUGUGUAACGGUCAGGGUGGCACGCUGAGGGAUGCCCCCAGGAGGCGGUGGGACGACUCCUGGAAGGCCAGGGAAAUGGCCGCACACGGUGAUUUCGUUCUCACGUCAGUCGAGAAUUUUUGUGUCGAUAUGUUCGAAGGAUAUGAAGUCACGGGGUACCGUGGACUGGAUAAAAAAUUUCACAUGAUCGAAGCACUUACUCAUGUCUUUGAAAAAGUAUCAGCACCAGGUCCCCGUGAUUUCCUCCCCUCUACGCCUUCGGAUGAAGUUUUGAUAUCGAAAGAAAUUGAAAAUUCAAGAGUAAUUAGUUAUCGCGAAGUGACUGGCGAGGGAGAAGUAAAUACUGAUGAGUUGGCUCCUCCGUUCUUCGCGUUUGAUAUCACAUUCGCAAUUCCCGAAAAUUUCGGUGAAUUUUUGUUUUAUUCCGUUUUGCAUAACUGGGCUGGACGAAUCAUUAAAAACGUGGAAUUCAUCAGACUCUACGAAUUUCCGGAGUCCAAUAAAAUAACUAGGAGUUACAGACUAAUUUAUCAUUCUGACGAACUGCCACUGUACAGAGGAAGAGUCGUAGAAAUUCAUAAAAAUUUUAUUUCGAUUUUGUUGGAGGAAAAACUUGGUGUAAUUGUCUCUAGGUAGUUUGACAAAUACUGGAAAGUACGCGACUUUUAAAGAAUUCAAUGUUAAGGAUUUUCCAUUGAUUUAGUUUCAUAAUCAAUAUUUUUAAUUGGUUUGAAUUGGAGAACGUAAAGUAUAGGAAUAGAGUAAAAUACCCGGCGAUAAAGGAGCCAAUAAUGAAGAGUCAACACAAUUUCCGGAAAUUUCAAUGAAAUUGUUUUUUAUUUUCUUUCCAUAUUCGAACACAUCUCGUGGAGAUCCUCCAUUUUCCUUUAAAACAUACUUUUUAAUAUUUACGUAACUUCUGUGUCGUCGAUGGCACCCUCGAUUGCCCCUGAAAACCCCUAAUUUUGGAGGGAAUCUGAUAUUUACCGAUCAAUACUUAAAUGCAGGAUUAAAAUACUCAGUACUGUCUGGCAUGUCUACUCGCCUGUCCGACGCACAUUGUUUUCGAUCGAGUGAACAUGCAGAAGAUAACAGUAAUGCUGUAAUGCGUAUC